AUGAAGGUGAAAGUGAGGGUGUGGGUGAGGAUGAGGGUGAAGGUGAGGGUGUGGGUGAAGGUGAGAGUGUGGGUGAGGGUGUGGGUGAGGAUGAAGGUGAGGGUGAGGAUGAAGGUGAGGGUGUGGGUGAGGAUGAAGGUGAGGGUGUGGGUGAGAGUGUGGGUGAGGAUGAAGGUGAGGGUGAGGAUGACGGUGAGAGUGUGGGUGAGGAUGAAGGUGAGGGUGUGGGUGAGGAUGAAGGUGAGGGUGUGGGUGAGGAUGAAGGUGUGGGUGAGGGUGUGGGUGAAGGUGAGAGUGUGGGUGAGGAUGAGGUGGAGGGUGAGGAUGACGGUGAGGGUGUGGGUGAGAGUGUGGGUGAGGAUGAAGGUGAGGGUGUGGGUGAGGAUGAAGGUGAGGGUGUGGGUGAGGAUGAAGGUGAGGGUUUGGGUGAGGGUGUGGGUGAGGGUGAGGGUGAGGGUGUGA